AUGGUGAUCUUAUAUGAAUUUGAUGACUGGAUCGCCGUACCCGAGGAUUCGAAGACGAUAGUGGCUGCCACCGAAAUACCUCGCUUACCGAUUACCGAAUGUCCUAAAAACAAUGGCGUCGAUGUUUGUAAUGAGACGAUCUCGGAAAAGAGAGAGAAAUCUAGGUCAAAUAGUAAUAAGGUAAACCCUAGAGCUAACAAGGUGCACCCAGGCAGAGAAGACGAGAAAUUUGUUGAAAAGAUUGCCGAAAAACUGCAAAGCCCAGCGUUUGAGGCAUUCUUGAAUCAACGAGUGUCUCUCACCACCGACCAAAUGGAUAAAAUUGAAUUCGCGAGGUUACAGGCCAACGUUGAAAGAUUACCCCCAAGAUAUCCUUCUCAGGAUUCGUAUUUACGCAAAGAUAUUCAUCACCUUUAUUUCACCAACCUUCACGCCAACUUUACCCGACUCGAGGAUCCCUCGUUCGAACAGCAGCGCUAUUGCAUGUCCAGCGAAAAGGAAGAAAUCCUCUACGCUCAGCGAAUCUUUAAACGACUAAGCCGCGCACUGAAGUUGCGAAUGGCAUCUCAGGAUGCCGAUUUGCUGUCAUUGGAACAAAAGAAAGAAAUAAGAUUCAAAGAGAUAGAGGAGAAUUUGAAUCAGUUAGUGGAAAAGUUCCCGAGGUUUGAAAAUCAACGAGUGAUGCCUAGGAGCACGAUCACCUGUGAUUCGUAG